AUGAAAUCCUCGCCAGAUGUCACGCGAGUUUCUAAGAAUUCACGUUUAAGGCUGGUUUUGUAUUUUAGUGACGAUGCUGGUGCCGUUCAGAACUGUGUUGCUUUCUGCGAUAAGAAAGCACAAUUGUCGACUGUUUUCGCACAAUAACACCACCUCCAGUGCUAAAAAAGGUUUAGUUUUAGGCGUGUAUGAGAAAAAGUCAGACAGUGAUGGGAUACAUUUCACAGAGGCUGCGGCUGCGUUUGACAGAUCACUUGCAGGAAAGCUGUCAGAGCUGCUCUCACUAUCUGGACCUCCUUUGAAGAAAGGCAAGAGCAGGAUCUUCUAUGGUUUGCAUCAGGACUUUCCCAGUGUAGUUGUCGUGGGACUUGGUAAGAGUGAUGCAGGUGUGUGUGGGAAAGAAAACUGGGAUAGCUGCAAGGAAAACAUCCGUGCAGCUGUGUCAGUGGGCUGCAGACAGCUCCAGGAUCUGGAGGUAGUUCACGUUGAGGUGGAUCCAUGUGGAGAUGGGCAGUCAGCAGCAGAGGGUGCCGUGCUUGGUCUUUUUGAGUACGAUGAGCUCAAAACCAAGAAGAAGAUUUGUGUCACGACUCAACCACAUGGGAGUGUGGACUCAGCAGCAUGGCAGAAAGGUGUUCUGUAUGGGGAGGGGCAAAACCUGGCCAGGCGAUUGAUGGAAGCGCCAGCCAAUUACGUCACGCCUACAGUGUUCGCAGACACGAUAGAACAGAAGCUGUCAGGCUUUGCAGAUAAAGUGACUGUCCACAAGAGACCUCAGUCUUGGAUUGAAAGUGAGCAAAUGGGGGCUUUUCUCAGUGUAUCCAAAGGCUCAGACGAGCCCCCUGUCUUUCUGGAGCUGAAUUACAAAGGCGGUUCAGACCCUGCACAACCUCCUCUUGUUUUGGUGGGGAAAGGAGUUACCUUCGACAGUGGUGGAAUCUCUCUGAAGCCAUCAUCAGGCAUGGAUGCCAUGAGGGCAGAUAUGGGUGGAGCCGCUACUGUGUGCUCUGCAAUCGUCACUGCAGCUGCUCUGAAACUCCCAAUCAAUAUCAUUGGUUUGGCACCGCUCUGUGAAAACAUGCCUAGUGGAAAAGCAAACAAACCGGGUGAUGUUGUACGUGCCAAAAAUGGCAAAACCAUUCAGGUUGACAACACUGAUGCGGAGGGCAGAUUGAUUCUGGCUGAUGCCCUGUGUUAUGCUCAUAAUUUCAGCCCUAGAGCAAUAAUCAAUGCAGCUACACUUACAGGUGCCAUGGAUGUGGCCUUGGGCUCUGGUGCCACAGGAGUGUUCACUAAUUCUGAUUGGCUGUGGGAGCGAUUACAUAAGGCCAGUAUUGUUACGGGUGACAGGGUGUGGAGGAUGCCACUGUUUCAGCACUACACCAAACAAAUAACAGACAGCGCAUUGGCAGAUCUGAACAACAUUGGAAAAUACAGCCGAUCAGGAGGUGCGUGUACCGCCGCAGCCUUCCUAAGCGAGUUUGUGACAGCCGAUUGUUGGGCUCAUCUGGACAUCGCUGGGGUCAUGAGCAAUAAGGAUGAAGUUCCCUACCUGCGAAAAGGAAUGUCUGGAAGACCUACACGUACUUUGGUGGAAUUUGCUGCUUCCUUGGCCUCUGAACAUUAAUGUGAACUUUUUGUGACUUUUGACCUGGAUACAUUAGAAAUGUAGUGCUAGAAUGUCAUGGAUAUCAGUGCACAGAAUGACGGUUAUUAUUAUAUUAUAUUAUUAUAUUCUAAUAUUAUAUUAUAUUAUAUUAUAUAGGUGAUUGUAUUUGUGCUUUAUACACAUUAACAAUGUCCAUGGUUAACUGUUUAACACUAAGGUCAUCAUUAGUGUGAAAUAAAGGAGACGAGUUUGAAGUAUUGUCGUUUAAAAUAGUAUUGCUUUGAAAAAGCUGCUCAAUGUUCAAGAAACCUUUUGAAUUUUGCAUAUUGGUAUGAGAUUAUGUGGUAUCAUUGAGUAUUAUUGGAAGAGAGGAAACAUUUGGAGCACCAAACGAAAAAGUAUGCUUUAAAUUUGUUAAAAUAAUUCACCCAAAAAUCUAAAUUGGGUACCCUAAUGCCAUCUCAGAUGUAUAUGACUUUUGAAUAAAUUAAAGAUUUUUCAUUUAUGUGUGAACUAUUAAUGUAAGCCAUUCAAUAAUGUUAAAUUCGCAUUAGUUAGAGACUGUACAGUAUAUGUGUAGAGUAUUUUACUAGGACAAAUAGAUCAACAGGAUCAAACUUGCAUUAAUAGCAUUCUGACAACCUAUCACCACUAGGAGGGAGUAGAUUUAAACUUAUGGAUGGAUGGAUGGACUUAUGGCUUACAAUAACCGUAGACCAAUUAAACAAUAAACAAUAAUAAAGUAAACAAUACAAUAAACUCUUUUAAACAUGAAGUGCACUUCUUUACAAUGCAGUAGUAUACAGUUAACUAAAAUUUAUACAAUCACCAAUAGAAAAAGUGACUCUUGAAUAAAGAGAAGGGUGAAACACAAAGCACCAUAAAACCAAUGGGCAAAACAUAUAUUUGCUAAAAACAGGCUCCUUAUAUAUUAGAUUAUAAAAUAGUUUUAAUAGUUGGCUAAGCAAGCAAAGUUGUUGUUGAUUGUUUCAUAAUGCAAACAAUUAUGUUGCUAAUAAAUAUUGAUCUAUUGUUAAUUUAAAUACUUAAAUUAUACUUGUCCAUGUAA